GGGCGGCGGCGGCGGCGGCCUCCCGCUCCGCCAUGGACGCCGCCGUCUGGAUGAAGUCCCUGCUCCUCGCCGCCGGGCAUUACAAGGCCGCCAACACCGAGGCCAACGCGGCCCAGCUGCAGCGCCACCUGGAGGUUCUGUCGGGACAGAAACUCACCCGGCUGUUCGCUUCCAACGAGCUACUGCCCAGCGAAUGCCUGACGUGUCUCGUGGAACUCCUCGACGACCCAAAUCUAAGCCCUUCCCUCACGCUGAGCGUCCUCGGUUUGCUCUCUCAGCUCGCUACCGACAGUGAGAUCAGAAGCUCUCUCCAGAACACCUUCCAUCUGAAUAGCGUUUUGGCCGGAGUGGUUUAUCGGAGCAGCACAGCCCACAGUGACUCCGUAUUGUUACAGAGUGUCCAGUUCCUGCAGAGAUUAACCUACAAUGUGAACGUUUUCCAUGCCGGGUCCAACAUGAAUGAACUGAUUACGUACCUGAUAUGUCACAUCCAAGCUCCGGAAGACGAGCUGACGGUGCCUUGCCUGGGACUGCUGGCAAAUCUCUGUCGUCACAACCUCUCCGUUCAGGCCCACGUCAAAUCUCUGAGCUCCAUAAAGGCUCUGUAUCGCUCGCUGAUAAGUUUCUUGGCCCACAGCAGUUUAACCAUCGUGGUGUUCGCCCUCUCGGUUUUAGCCAGCCUUACGUUGAAUGAGGAGGUGGGAGAAAAGCUCUUCCAUGCCCGAAAUAUUCAUCAGACCUUUCAGUUGAUCUUUAAUAUUCUCGUUAACGGUGAUGGAACGUUAACCCGAAAGUAUUCUGUGGACUUGCUGAUGGAUCUCCUCAAGAACCCCAAAAUUGCCGAUUAUCUCACCAGAUACGAGCACUUCACUUCGUGCCUCAACCAGGUCCUGGGGCUCCUUCAAGGCAAAGACCCCGACUCCUCCUGCAAGGUUUUAGAAUUACUUCUUGCCUUUUGUUCAGUGAGCGACCUCCGCCACACUCUCAGCCAAGCGAUCCUGGAAGCCUCCGCCUCGGGGAACUCCCGGCUGGGCGGCCGGCCCAAGUCCCCCGACCCGCUGGUCGCUCUGCUGCGCUGGUCCGGCCAGCCCCUGGAAGCCCCCGAAAACUGCUCCGUUCUAGCCCUGGAACUCUUCAAGGAAAUAUUUGAGGACGCCCUGGAUACUUCCUCGCGCUGCUCCUCGGCCGACCGGUGGGCGACCCUGCUGCUGCCGGCCCUCCUCGACCAGCUCCAGGGCCCCGAGCCCAGCCUGGAGGAGCCCUUGGCCAAGAGGAAAUGCCAGAGGAUGGUCAAGGCCAUGGACGUCCUGCUCACCCUCUGCGGCGACGAUGAGCUGAAAACGCACACGGCUAAGGUGAUGUCGCCCCAGCGAUGCACCUCUCUGAUCGAGCAGCAGUUCACCUGGCGAGGGAUUGAAUUUGCCUUUGGAACCAAAAUCACCGACUCGGAACUGUGCCAACUGGCCGCUGCCGUCAUUUUGAAAACCCUCGAUCUGAUGAGUAGACUGAAGCAGUUGGUACCGGGAAUGGAAGUCAGCUUCUACAAAAUCCUUCAGGAUCAGCGCUUAGUCAUCCCGCUGACUUUCUCCAUCACGUCAGACUGCAGGGAGCAGGUGCAGUCCGGGCUUCGGAUCCUGUUCGAGGCGGCCCCGCUCCCGGACUUCCCCGCCGUCGUACUCGGGGAAAGCAUCGCCGCCAACAAUGCCUACCGGCGCCAGGAAUCGGAGCUCUCGUCCCAGAGGAUGCAGACGCGGGCCUCGCUGACCUCCUUCGCCACCGCCGCCAAGAACCUCACACCCCGGGCCUCCAGCGACGGCCCGUCUGACGUCAGCAUCCAGGACCUGAUCCAGAGGCUCCGUUCGGGAAUGGAGAUGACGGACCGGGUACCCGAUGUGAGACUGUCUGACGUAAUGGCCGUCUACGAGCAGAAGCUGUCGACGUUAGCGUCCAAAGAGAACAGGUUGCAGGACCUUUUGGAGGCCAAAGCCCUAGCCCUCGCCCAGGCGGACCGGCUGAUCGGUCAGUACCGGCGUCAGAGAGCCCAGGCGGAGUCAGAGACCAGGACCCUGGCCGCCAUGUUGAAGGAAGCCGAGAGGAGGAACGAGGAGCUCAGCGCGUCGUUGCAGUGUCAGCAGGUUGAGGCGGAGCGCGCCCAGAGUGACAUCGAGCACCUCUUUCAACAUAACAGGAAGCUGCAGGCCGUGGCCGAAGAGCACGAGCUACUGAAAAGAUCUUACGCGGAGCUCACGCAGAAGAGCGAGACCUUGGAACGGCAGGGUCAGGAUCUACAGACCGUGUGUAAUUCGCUGAGCAAACAGAUCGAGACCGUGAAGAAGCUGAAUGAAUCGCUCAAACAGCAGAACGACAAAACUCUCGCCCAGUUACUGGAGACGGAAGAGCAGAAGAAAGAAGUCGAGAAACUGCUCCAGGACCGAGAGUGUAAAAUAGCAGGCUUACAGCAGAAGGUGAAGACCCAGGAGGACAACCUGAAAGUGCGACAGAAAGAAAAGGAAGACCAGGAAGAAGCCAUCGAUGUGCUCAGGAAGGAACUGAGCCGAACGGAGCAGGCGAGGAAAGAGCUGAGCAUCAAGGCCUCCUCCCUGGAAGUUCAAAAGGGCCAGCUGGAAGCCCGCCUGGAAGAGAAAGAGACGCUCGUCAAAGGACAGCAAGAGGAGCUGAACAAGCACGCUCACAUGAUCGCCAUGAUCCACAGUUUGAGCGGGGGCAAGCUGAGCCCGGAGACCGUCAACCUCACCUUGUAGGGCCGAGAGAGGCGGGGGGACGCUCGGCUCCCAAUCCGGGACCGCCGCCCGAUUCCCCACCGGACUCAUCUCUGAGGACCCGCGGAAGGAGAAGCAAGAGAUCCGGCUAGACGUGGGGGAAUCCGGAGAGCGGCCCGCCCAGACGAGAAACCGUGGGACUUGGAAUGAAUUCCUUCAUUUUUAACCUAUCAGGUCAGGCGCGACUCGGAACUGCCUUUAUUCCACCUGCAGACUUUGCAGACGAGAAACCGUGGGACUUGGAAUGAAUUCCUUCAUUUUUAACCUAUCGGGUCAGGCGCGACUCGGAACUGCCUUUAUUCCAGCUGCAGACUUCGCAUUCGUCCGAGAGGCCAGAAACUUGUGAAUUUGACAUCGGGGUGGUGAUGUUAAGGCAACUCGGAGCCAGGCUAGGAAUCUGUGUCCUAAGACUCCCUGCGACCGUUUCCACUGUUGUCGUAGUGCCCGUCUGACCUUUUCAGCUCACUCCAGCCCCGGUAUUUCAAACUAUUGAAGGGCCGGCCCAGCCCCUUUCCUCUAGGCUAAUCGUUCGUGGUUUCCGAUAAGAUAAAUCAUUCUCCAUCUGUACGGCGGACUUACAUAUCUAUUCGGCCACUUUGGCAACAGUUCUAGACUUUUUUAAAAAAAAAAAAAAAGAAUUGAGGAUACCGGACUUUUGAGUGUUGGAAAACUUUUGAGGCGCGGUGUUCACGAGACACGUACACAUUAUCCAAAAUUUCCCCAGCGUGCUGUUAGUAGGCGAGUCCCAUUUUGACUGGAAAUUCUAGUCAGAAUGUACCGGCUCCCUGACAGCUGGGGCGGGGAAGGUCCUUUGGAAAAAUGGCCCGGUCGUCGAUAUUUUGGACUGCCCGGGAUCCCGACGACUAGCGUAUGUGGCGUUAUUUGUGCGCUGUCCAAGUUAGCGCAUUAAGAUGGCAGCUGAGAAACUCAACUGCAGCUAAGGCAGCAGGUAUGUAAAAGUAACCUUGCCCUCUGAAACGUAAACCAAAUCAAGCGCGUUUGCGCUUGAUCGGACUUCAGCCAAGCGACGGCUAUGUUAGGCUUUCCGAAAUCUGUAUUUGCAUCAAGUUCUCUGGACCCCUCAGAACUGCUGACAGUUUUUAGACGAUAUUAACCGCCUUAGGAAACCUUUUUUUAAUUGCUACAUUUUUCCACAGAUGUACAGCUAUCGAUGCUCUUCCUGGCGAAACUAAGACAAGGUUUCCAUCUAAAUAAAAUGCCCGUUUUAUGAGUUGAGAA